AUGGAGAUGGAGAACAACAAGUGUGGCUGUUGGUCUGUACUCAAACGUGGUGUUUGUAAACCCUCUGCUUCUAGACAAUCUCCUAACACUAUACCUCGUACUAGUCUCGUUCAUGAUGCAGCAACUGAGACGCGAUAUCUGAAUGCUAGCAAUCGCGAACUCUGUCCUCCGAAUGAAGUUAGGCUGUCUUCUGAUAAUCCUGACCCCCCACCACCUCAGGAAAAUAAGGCUCCUUGUCAGCUUCUUCAAUUCACAUUUCAAGAGCUAAAAUCUGCGACCGGGAAUUUCAGACCCGACAGCAUUCUCGGGGAGGGGGGUUUCGGUUAUGUUUUCAAAGGAUGGAUUGAGGAAGGUGGAACCGCCCCGGCGAAACCUGGCUCAGGGGUUACAGUAGCUGUUAAGAGCUUGAAGCCAGAUGGACUUCAGGGUCAUAGAGAAUGGGUGGCUGAAGUUGAUUUUCUUGGACAGCUUCACCAUCCUAACCUUGUGAAACUUAUUGGUUACUGCAUUGAAGAUGAUCAGCGGCUUCUUGUUUACGAGUUUAUGACUCGCGGAAGUCUCGAAAAUCAUCUAUUUAGAAGAACGGUACCGCUGCCAUGGUCCAAUAGGGUGAAGAUUGCACUUGGUGCUGCUAAAGGAUUAGCUUUCCUACAUAAUGGUCCAGAACCAGUCAUUUACAGAGAUUUCAAAACAUCAAACAUUUUGCUCGAUACGGAGUAUAAUGCGAAGCUUUCAGAUUUCGGUCUUGCGAAAGCAGGUCCUCAAGGAGACAAGACACAUGUUUCCACCAGAGUUGUUGGAACUUAUGGCUAUGCUGCACCAGAAUAUGUCAUGACAGGACACUUGACUGCGAAGAGCGAUGUUUAUAGCUUUGGAGUUGUGUUACUCGAGAUUUUAACAGGACGGAGAUCAAUGGACAAGAAACGUCCGAGUGGGGAACAGAAUCUUGUUUCAUGGGCCAGACCAUAUUUAGCAGACAAGCGAAAACUUUACCAACUCGUCGAUCCUCGCUUGGAACUAAACUAUUCCUUAAAAGCAGUACAGAAAAUUUCUCAGUUAGCUUAUGGUUGUCUCAGUAGAGACCCUAAAUGCCGUCCUAACAUGGACGAAGUUGUGAAUGCUCUGACACCACUGCAGGAUCUUAACGACUUUGCAAUCUUGUCAUAUCACUCUCGUUUAUCUCAACAAGGGAGAAGAAAGAAGAAACCAGACGGAACUCCGCAUAUCACGUAUGCACAUUCCAAGAGCAUGAGGGCUUCGCCUUUGAAUACGGGAAGACACCUACGAUGA